UCAUAGAGAUACAAAAGAGAACCUAUUUUUUCAUUCGUAGUCUCUUGUAAUUCUAACCUCCUCCUCACCCAGGAGGGAUGGAGAUAGAAAAGAGACCAAGAAAAAACUCGUCCAAAAGAACCAAACUUUUUCUAUCUUCCUUAUUGCCAUCAUCACAUUCUUCAUCAUCAUCAUCGAUGGCUUUCCUCCUGGUCCUUCUCUACACCUUGAUUUCUGCUUCCACCAUUGCCUAUUCAGCCUUUGCUCCCUUUGUCCCUCCAGACAACUUCCUCAUUGAUUGUGGUGCUGACAAAUCAAGCAUUCUCAAUGAUGGAAGAACCUUCAAAACUGAAGAUCAAUCCAAGCAAUUCUUACAAGCCAAGGAAGAAAUCAAAGUGUCAGUUGAAAAGGGUGAUGUUCCUUCAUCUAUUUACUUGUCAGCAAGGAUUUUUGUCACGGAUGCAAUUUACUCAUUUCACUUGACAAAACCCGGUUGGCAUUGGGUUCGUCUCCAUUUCUAUCCAUUCAAAAAUGAUCAAUUUGACUUGAGCAAAGCUACUUUCUCUGUCAACACCAAUAAGUACGUGCUUCUACAUAGCUUCAACAUGGAUAACAACACCAAUUAUGUCCUCAAGGAGUACCUUUUGAACGUGACCGAUCCACAAUUCUCAAUCAAGUUCAUGCCGAUGAAGAAUUCCGCUGCUUUCAUCAAUGCCAUUGAGGUUGUUUCAGCUCCUGAUGACUUGAUCACCGAUGAUGCUAAUGACCUUAACCCUGUAGGCAAGUUUUCUGGGCUAUCCACAUUGUCCUAUCAAACCAUGUACCGGCUUAAUGUGGGAGGACCUCUUGUUAACUCUGCAAACGACACAUUGGGAAGGACUUGGACACCAGAUGGGUCUUACCUUAAGUCGAAAGCCUUGGCAAAAAGCGUCACCGUUGCGACCACCGUUGUCAAGUACCCCGAUGGAUUGACACCUCUGAUUGCACCACAGUCAGUGUAUGCCUCUGCUGUUGAAAUGGCUGAGUCAAAUGUGAACAAUCCUAAUUUCAAUGUGACGUGGAACUUUGAAGCGGACCCUGCUUUUGGGUACCUAAUUAGGUUUCAUUUUUGUGACAUUGUGAGCAAAGCGCUCAAUGACCUCUACUUCAAUGUCUACAUUAAUGGGAAAAUGGCAAUAGCUGAUCUGGAUUUGUCGCAUGAGUUGGAAAAUCAAUUGGCAGCUGCAUACUAUAAGGAUAUUGUGGUUAAUGCUUCUUUGAUGUCUAAUGGAGUAAGUGUCGAAAUUGGUCCAUCUAAAUUGGAUUCUGGUGAUUUGAACGCCAUUUUGAACGGUCUAGAGAUAUUGAAAAUAAGCAAUUCUGUGAAUAGUCUUGAUGGAGAGUUCGGGGUAGAUGGAAGCAAGGCCGUUGGUGGCAUUGGCACACGUAAAACAGUGGCUGUAGUCGGGUUUGCCAUGAUGUUUGGAGCCUUUGUGGGUCUUGGUGCAAUGGUGAUCAAAUGGCACAAGAGGCCUCAAGAUUGGCAGAAGAGGAAUAGCUUCUCUUCAUGGUUGCUUCCUCUUCAUGCUGGUGACAAUAGCUUCAUGUCAAGCAAGAACUCAAUCGGGUCUCACAAGAACAACUUUUACUCUUCAACUUUGGGAUUGGGCCGGUACUUCUCAUUCGCAGAGUUGCAGGAGGCAACAAAGAACUUUGAUGCCAAUGAAGUGAUUGGUGUUGGUGGAUUUGGCAAUGUGUAUCUUGGUGUAAUUGAUGAUGGUACUAAAGUUGCAGUCAAAAGAGGAAACGCACAAUCCGAACAAGGCCUCACAGAGUUCCAGACAGAGAUUCAGAUGCUGUCAAAGCUAAGGCACAGGCAUUUGGUGUCCUUGAUUGGAUAUUGUGAUGAGAACUCAGAAAUGAUCUUAGUUUAUGAGUACAUGGCCAAUGGACCUCUCAGGGAUCAUUUGUAUGGAAAGAACUUGCCACCAUUGUCAUGGAAGCAAAGGCUAGAGAUAUGUAUAGGCGCAGCUCGUGGACUUCACUACCUUCACACUGGCACUGCACAAGGUAUCAUUCAUCGUGAUGUUAAGACCACCAACAUUUUGCUUGAUGAAAACCUCACUGCCAAGGUAUCUGAUUUUGGGCUAUCAAAGGAUGCACCUAUGGGGCAGGGGCAUGUGAGUACUGCAGUGAAGGGAAGCUUUGGUUACUUAGACCCUGAGUAUUUCAGGAGGCAGCAAUUGACUGAUAAGUCAGAUGUGUACUCCUUUGGGGUGGUUUUGCUUGAGGCAAUAUGUGCAAGGCCUGCUAUUAACCCUGCACUCCCAAGGGAGCAAGUGAACUUGGCUGACUGGGCAAUGCAAUGGAAGAGAAAGGGCUUGCUUGACAAGAUCAUUGACCCUUUACUUGUUGGUUCUAUGAAUCCUGAAUCAUUGAAGAAGUUUGCUGAGGCUGCAGAAAAGUGCUUGGCUGAACAUGGGGUGGAUAGGCCUACAAUGGGAGAUGUGCUGUGGAACUUGGAGUAUACUUUGCAGCUUCAAGAGGCUUUCUCACAAGGAAAGGAUGAUCAGGAUGAUGGCAACUCCAUUGCCACUGUUGCUGCCUCUCCUGCUAUUGUGCCUGCAACCCCAAAUGCUUCCACCCCUGAUACGCGUCCAGUCUCUCAUCCGGAAGAGACUAACAGUCCAGCUAAAUCUCAGGCCACUGAUGAGCAUUCAGGAACCGCAAUGUUUGCCCAGUUUACUAAUCUCAGUGGUAGGUAAAAAUUCUAAAUUGUGGUGGUGGUGUUCGUGUUCUAGAUCAGUAUGAGUUUAAGCAUCUGGUGGAGAUUCCAUUUAACCAUUUGUAGCAGUGGUGAUGGUUUUACUGCUUCAUCAGGAAUGGGAUAUUUUAGCAAUUUCAAGCUAUAUGCCUAUAUGGGCAUACAUUUCUCUUAUAAUGAUGUGCAAGGAUAUUUGAAACGAUUCUAUACCUACACUAGCUCUCUUCUCUGUCUUUCUCCUCUCUUACCAAAGGUAUUUCGUUCCAUGGUCACGGAGAUAUUCUGUAUUUGUCUACAUGGUAUGGCGAAUGUACUGGUAUGGAAGGAUGUAUACAUGUAGUACUAAUCAUUCUAUACAUUGUUACUAUUAUAUUUU